AUGUCCUUCGCCCGCACCUCCCUCGGUCUGGCCACCCGCCUCGCCGUCUCCAGGCGAGCGCCAUCAGCCGCCCCAGUCGUCGCCCGCCGCCUGCUCUCCUCGUCCCCACGGCGGCUGGCAGUGGAGAACCCGCUCGCGCAGGUGGUGCCCGAGAGCAGCGGCAACUUGAAGUCGGCAGGGCUCGGCAAGGGCGCGUUCGACGCCGCCCAGGAGCCAGACAAGGACGUCGACAUCUACAAAGAGGGCUAUGGCGCCCUCGACAAGGCCGUCCACCUCUACUUCUUGACAGAAAUCAUGAAGGGCAUGUGGCUCGUCUUUGAGCAGUUCUUCCGCGCACCGUACACCAUCAUGUAUCCCUUCGAGAAGGGCCCGCUCUCACCACGCUUCCGUGGCGAGCACGCCCUCCGGAGAUAUCCCAGCGGCGAGGAGCGCUGCAUCGCUUGCAAGUUGUGCGAGGCAAUCUGCCCGGCGCAAGCCAUCACCAUCGAGAGCGAGGCGCGGUUGGACGGCUCGAGGCGUACAACAAAAUAUGAUAUCGACAUGACCAAGUGCAUCUACUGCGGUUACUGCCAGGAAGCAUGCCCAGUCGACGCCAUUGUGGAGACUCAGAACCAGGAGUUUUCCACGGAGACGAGGGAGGAGUUGCUAUACAACAAGGAGAAGCUCUUGGCAAACGGUGACAGGGCAGAGACUGAAAUUGCGGCCAACUUGUAUGCUGACCACGUCUACCGGUAA